AUGCUGAAAUCGCCACUGGUCCAGUAUGAGCCCAAUGUUAUCUCUGAGUUCUAUGGAAGUUAUAAGCCCCACCCAGUCUCCACCCAGUCUCCACCCAGGACCCACCCAGUCUCCACCCAGUCUCCACCCAGGACCCACCCAGUCUCCACCCAAGACCUACCCAGUCUCCACCCAGUCUCCACCCAGGACCCACCCGGUCUCCACCCAGUCUCCACCCAGUAUCCACCCAAGACCCACCCAGUCUCCACCCAGGACCCACCCAGUCUCCACCCAGUCUCCACCAAGGACCCACCCAGUCACCACCCAGGCUCCACCCAGGACCCACCCAGGACCCACCCAGUAUCCACCCAGGACCCCUCCAGUCUCCACACCGUCUCCACCCAGUCUCCACCCAGGACCCACCCAGUAUCCACACAGUCUCCACCCAGGACCCACCCAGGACACACCCAGGACAAACCCAGUCUCCACCCAGUCUCCACCCAAGACCCACCCAGUCUCCACCCAGUGUUCACCCAGUCUCCACCCAGUCUCCACCCAGGACACACCCAGUCUCCACCCAGGACCCACCCUGUCUCCACACAGGACCCAUCCAGUCUCCAUCCAGUCUCCACCCAGGACCCACCCCGUACCCAUCCUUUCUCCACCCAGUCUCCACCCAGUCUCCACCCAGUCUCCACCCAGGACCCAUCCAGUCUUCACCCAGUCUCCACCCAGGACCCACCGACUCACCACCCAGUCUCCACCCAGUCUCUACCCAGUCUCCACCCAGGACCCACCCAGGAGCGAUCCAGUCUCCACCCAGUCUCCACCCAGGACCCCCCCAGGACCCAUCCAGUCUCCACCAAGUCUCCACCCAGGACCCACCCAGCCUCCACCCAGGACCCACUCAGUCUCUACCAAUGA